AUGGAGGUUAGAGAUCUGAUUGCACAUCUUAAGUACGAGCUCACCUGUGCCAUUUGUUUGGACUAUUUCACUGAGCCAGUGCUCGUUCCCUGCGGGCACACCUUUUGUAAAGCAUGUCUGCUCCAGUGCUGGGAGGAAGCUCCCACAAGAGGGAUUUGCCCUGAGUGUAAGACAGUCAAUGAAUCCAGACACUUUAUUGCAAAUUUGGAUGUGGAAAAUCUAACCCUCACUGGCAAACUGAUCAGACCUCAUUUGCUGCAAAUGGUGGGAGGCCCAAGCUUCUGUAAAGAACACCAGCAGGUCCAGGAGCUGUUCUGUGAGGAUGACCAGAGGCUUCUCUGUAAGGCCUGCUUCUCUUCCAGGGAACACAUAUUUCACAAGGUCUCUCUUUUAAAAAAGGCUGCUGAGAGCUACAGGAAGAAGCUCCAGGAGAUGUUGGAGAAGUUGAAGGAAAAAACAAAGGAGGCUGACAUUGCAAUCAAUAAUGAGAAAAAGAAUAUGGAACAGUGUCAGGUGAAGAUGCAGACUUUAAAAGGGGUAAUUGUAUUUGAAUAUGCAAAAAUGUACCAGUUCUUGAUGGAGGAUGAAAAACAACAUCUGGCAUGCCUGGAAAAAUCAUAUGAGAAAGAACUGGGAGAAACUGGUGAAGAGAGUGAGGCCUUGCUACUUCAGUGUCCACAGGCUACUUCCCAAGAGUGGCCUCGGUGCCGAAUCCUUGGAAUGAGGGAUAUGCUGAUGACCUUCCAUAGAGAUAUAACUCUGGACCCUGAAACAGCCAAUCCCUAUCUCCUCUUGUCUGAGGAUCUCAGAAGUGUGACGAUUGGAAGUACCAUGCAAGAAGUUCCUGACAACCCAGAGAGAUUUGAAGGUGCUGUUAUUGUUUUGGGUACUCAGAAAUUCACCCAGGGAAGACAUUACUGGGAAGUAGAGGUGGGAGACAAGACUGAGUGGUCAGUGGGGAUCUGUAGAGAUUCCACUGACAGGAAGGGUCGGUUGUUACCUGUAGAUGUGUUCUCUCUUACAGGCUUCAAAAUGAGAGAUGAUUUCAUUCUCUGGGUUCAUGACAUAAUGGAAGCAUUUUUAAUACCUGAACCUUUGCAUAAACUAGGCAUUUUCCUUGAUUAUGAAUGCAGACAUAUAGCAUUUUACAAUGUUACCAGCAAAUCCCUUAUCUAUAGUCUUUUAAAUGUGGACUUCCAAGGGCCUCUCCGGCCUUUCUUUUCUCCUUGCAUACCAAACAAAGACAGCAUUAUUAGACCCCUGACCAUCCGUACUAUGACUGACCAGGAAGCUGGUGACCCUUAUAAGGUCUUCCCUAUGGAGUAA